UCUAAAUAGAAGUAAUCAUUUGGUAUUGAAAAAUAAUAAUAAUUUGGGAAGUAUCAUCAUUUUAAUUGUCUUCCUAAAACUUGGGGGUUUUUUUUCAUUCUGGUCAACCAGCAUAAGAAGAUAGAAUUUUAAGAACAAUUUAAAGUUGUUCUGUAUCUUUAAUGACAAUAAUUCUUAGAAAUUUGAAUCCGCAAUAGGCCACCAUGCGCUAUAGCAGGAUACAGAGCUAUAUAUUGGCAGCUGGCUAUCUUGCUUAUCUCCUGGCGGGCGCUCUCAUCUUCCAGGUUCUGGAGAAAGAUGCCGAGAGAAUACAACAAGGCAUCACCUUUAGAAUGAAGGAGGACUUUCUGAAGAACUUCACUUCCCUCAGCCCAGCAGAGGUUGAAGUCUUUGUGGAGAAUCUGAUGGAAGCUGUCAGGAUGGGCAUAUAUCCAGCAGGAAAUGAAUUCCCCGAUGAACACAACAAUUGGGAUUUCAGUAACUCUUUCUUCUUCGUGGGUUCUAUGUUAUCCACAAUAGGCUAUGGAAACCUCUCUCCCAAAACGGCUGGUGGUCAGCUUUUCUGUGUCUUUUUUGCUCUCUUUGGAAUUCCUCUGAACAUCGUCUUUCUGCAGCACAUUGGCAAGAUGCUCUCAAUGCUCUGUGAACGGUUAGCUAAAUGUCUGUAUAGGAAAGGGGUAAAGAAGAAAACAGCAAGGGGAUUGACACUUCUGUUCUUCCUGGUUAUGGGAAUACUAGUGUUUCUUUGUGUGCCAUCAGUCAUCAUUCGAAAGAUAGAGGGGUGGACUUACAAUGAAGCAAUUUAUUUUACAUUUAUUACCCUUAGCACCAUUGGAUUUGGAGACUAUAUGAUAGGGAGGCAACAUAACAAGUUCUACUUCCCCGGCUAUCGGAUUGUGGUAGCAAUUUGGAUUAUCUUUGGGCUUGCUUGGAUAGCCCUACUGUUUAAUUUACUGACAACAUUACUAGAAGACCCAAAUGAGAAACCCAUCGAGGAUUAUCUUCAGGUCAAAACAGUCAGAAAGAAAAAGAAGAACUCAAAAAAGGAUCCAUCUGCUAGGUUUUCACUGGAAGACGGCUUAGUGUUACAUUCCAGUAGAGAUGGGCAAAGCAAUCAGUCAUAAUGGGAGAACUCUGUGUCUGGUUUUUCAUUGAUAUUUGAGGUAAUUGCAGUAUUUUGCUGGUUUCUUUGAAAAGUAACUAGCUGAUUUUAAAUUAUGUUAUUUUAAAGUAUGAAAUAAACAACAAG